AUGUACUCUUACACUCCCACCCACCGUUUCUUGAUCCUCUCUGCCACCGAGACUGGUCCCUACAACCCUGCCAACCAGUUCCUCGUCUUGUCACCCAUCGAAUCGGGCCCGGACCCCCGCAUCUGGGAGGAAGCUGUGGUUGAGACCCCUUCGUCCGAAGAUAGCCUCGAGUUAGCUCCUGCCAGUCGUUCCCGUACCAAUAGCUCUUCCUCGACCGACUCUUCGGACUCUCUCAAUGAUCUGACCGUCGAUCUCCCCAAUGGUUUCCUCUACCUCGGUCACGGCAAGAAGAAGAAGAACUAA